AUGGCCUCCAACCCCCCUGCCGCCUGCUGUGCCACUGGCUUCAAGCACGAGGGCACCCCCGUCGGCGAGGUGAAGAACAUUGAUGGUGUCAACACCUACAUCACCUACCCCAAGGACAACAAGACCCCCGAGAAGGCCAUCGUCUUCCUGACCGACAUCUUCGGCAUCUUCCCCAAUGCCCAGCUGCUCGCCGAUGCGUUUGCUAAGAGUGGAUAUCUGACCGUCGUCCCGGACUUGUUCCAGGGCGACCAGAUCAGCGUCGCCGACAUGGAGUCUGGCAAGGCCGACCUGGGCGCAUGGUUCCCCAACCACCAGCCCGCAAACGUGGACCCCGUCGUCGAGGCGUCUAUCAAGUACGUUCGUGAGACUCUGGGCGUGAAGAAGGUUGGCGCUGUUGGUUACUGCUUUGGUGCCAAGUACGUCACCCGCUUCCUGAAGAACGGCAAGGUCGACGUCGGCUUCGUCGCACACCCCUCAUUCGUGACCCACGAGGAGCUCGGUGCUAUUGAGGGCCCCUUCUCCAUCGCUGCCGCCGAGACCGACUCCAUCUUCACCACCCAGCUCCGUCACGAGUCCGAGGACACCCUCAUCAAGACUGGCCAGCCCUGGCAGAUCAACCUGUUCGGCGGUGUGAGCCACGGCUUCGCCGUCCGUGGCGACCUGAACGUCAAGGUCCAGAAGUGGGCCAAGGAGCAGGCUUUCGUCCAGGCCGUUGCCUGGUUCAACCAAUACCUGUAA